GUCCCCACCUGAAACCCCGCCUGCCACUCCGCCCCAGCAGAGCCAAUCAACGCCCGAUCUGCCCGGGAUGAGGCGGGGCUUAUGCAAAUCGUGUCGCCUCCGAGAGACAUAGUGAUACAAGAGCUGGGAGGCGGCUCCGGUGCGGACCUCGGAGAGCCUGGCCUCCAGCCCGCGAGCCAGUCUCGUUCCCCGCGGCCCGCCGAGGCUCAGAGCCAUCCAGCGACCCGGCGAGCGGCCUCAGGCCCUGCCAUGGGGAAGACCAACAGCAAACUGGCCCCAGAGGUGCUGGAGGACCUGGUUCAGAACACCGAAUUCAGCGAGCAGGAGCUGAAGCAGUGGUACAAAGGCUUCCUGAAGGACUGCCCCAGCGGCAUCCUCAACCUGGAGGAAUUCCAGCAGCUCUACAUCAAGUUCUUUCCCUACGGCGACGCCUCCAAGUUUGCGCAGCACGCAUUCCGCACCUUUGACAAGAACGGCGACGGCACCAUCGAUUUCCGGGAGUUCAUCUGUGCCCUUUCCGUCACCUCCCGCGGCAGCUUUGAGCAGAAACUCAACUGGGCCUUUGAGAUGUACGACCUGGACGGCGACGGGCGCAUCACGCGCCUGGAGAUGCUGGAGAUCAUCGAGGCUAUCUACAAGAUGGUGGGCACUGUGAUCAUGAUGCGUAUGAAUCAGGAUGGGCUCACGCCCCAGCAGCGUGUGGACAAGAUCUUCAAGAAGAUGGACCAGGAUAAGGACGACCAGAUUACACUGGAGGAGUUCAAGGAGGCGGCCAAGAGUGACCCAUCCAUUGUGCUACUGCUUCAGUGCGACAUGCAGAAGUAGAGGGUGGUGAGGGGCAGGGCCCCUGGCCAGGAGGGGCGUGGCCACCUCCCAACCCGAUGACCUCUCAGGGGGAGGGGUACUCUAGCCUCACUCUCUGGCUCACCCACCCCUCUGCCCAAGCCCUUGCUCCCCUCAGUCAAGAUCCUUGAGGGACCACCUCACCCUGGAAAACAGACAGAUCCUCAGGUAUUCUGUGGUCUAGCCCCACCCCCCAGUCAUGGCCCUGAACAUGGGCAUAGAGAGUUAGCUUUUGCCCCAAGAGACAGGGUUGAGGACGGGGGGGCUGUGGGUCUGCUUUGAAAGUCUAUUCUUCCUGGGAUUAUGCUUUACAGGAUGUGGUCCCACAGAUCCCAAUUAAAGGGCCAAAGUGGACCUGUCCUUUGCUGAGGAUGUAAAUUCCUUAAAGGUGGUCUCUGCCCUGCCCCCUUGACUCUACCUGGCCCCUCCAGCCCCAGCCUUUGGAGCGUUCAUUCAAUCCUUUCUUCACCUAACGUUUAUUGAGCACCUGUUCAAUGCCAGGCACCUCUAGGUGCUAAGGUUAUGGUAUUUUACAGAACACAUUCCAUGCCCUCUGGAAGCUCAUAAAGGAGGGUGAGGCAGUGGUCAGAGUCUCAGAUGGAAACGUCACACACAGCUGAGCAGAGGGCAUGGAAAGGCUAGUUAGUUCGAAAGGAACUAUGAAAUCUUUCAGCUCAGCUCCACCCAGAGCUGCAGAGAGAUGAAACGAAAAGUGUUUGGAAGUCUAGGAACCAUGUGAAUGGAAGUUUUAAAAAACACUGAUAUUUAUGUAAUACUUAUUUUUUUAGAACCCUUUGAAAGAGCUAAAGUCAUUUUAUUAGUUUAGGAUAUUAAAACAUACUUUAUAUUACUUGGUUUCUUGUAAAAUGAUUAAAUGAAUAUAGAAAAUGCUAAUUUUGCGGGGGGGGGGGAAGGGAGAGCUGAGAAAAAAGAGGGAAAAUACCAGCAAACUUACCAAAUAACACUUUUUCUUAUCAGAUCAAGUCCUGAAGUGUCACUGUCAGCAGCUUCUGCUGCUUCCUUUUUAAUGACCAUUUUCAAUUCAGUGCGCAACUCUCUAUUAUGCGCUUGCUCUGGUUGGAUGCCGACUUCAGAAACAGAAAAGACAGGUUUGCUGAGAGUGAGACGAGUGUAUCUUCCACAUGUUGGUAGUUCCUUUCUGGAUUGGUCUAGUUUCAAAGAGGGGCUUUUUCUUUCACUGCCACAGAAACAGGAGGACCUAGAAGAAGAGGACCACCUGGCCACUGUUCAGGUUGCCAGACUACACUUAUGGACCAAAAUGCCUAAAAAGUGCUGGGGAUGUGCUCCAUUUGAAAGGCUUUUUCUAACCCCAGAUCCUCAGUCUGCCAGGUAAUUCCUCAUCUUCCAGGUGCACUGGCUUUGCUUUCCAAUGUCUGCUUUCUGAUUUUGGAUCCGUGAGCUAUACAGCUGCAUGCUUUGACUGCCAGAAAAUUAAUCUUGCUCCUUCAAGCCUUUCACUUUAUUUUCUCCUGUACUUGUGAUCAGAAAUUAGCUUUGAUAUGCAGUGACAGAUUUCCUCUUAAGCUGUUGGUGACAACAAUCUCGUAUACAGGUGCUGUCAGCCCAGGGUAGGAGCAGGGAGUGAUUGUCGAGUCAGGAGUACGGGAUUGUAUCUCCAGGAAAGAGAUGCGGCCUGCCUCUUCUUCUGAGUGCUCACCCGUCCUCCCUUCUUUGCAGGUUGCUUGAGGAUGCUGACCUUUGGUCCCAAACUCUAUUGGACCUUCCUUCUUGCUGCCCUUGGAGGUAGCAAGGCCACUUAGCUGCCACACUCUUUCUGUCUUCUGCCUAUGACCAGCCAUGUGGUAAGGCUGGGAAUUCACAUCCUCAGGCAGUAACCAGCAAGUUUUUAUCCAAUAAUGCCUCAAGGAAUGUUCCAUUGCUCUGAGGAGCUGGUCGUUAGGUGUAUCUUGUGCUACCACUCAGCACUGAAGAUGCAUAGAUAUUCAACAGCCUGGCUUAGCUGAGACUUCCAGUGGAAGGCUUUUUACAAACUGGGGUUCCCAUCCCCCAAAUAUUGAAUCUAACCUAACUCACGAUCACAAAACUUCGUGACUUUCAAAGGCUUGCCAUCUACUCCAUCUCUUUCUAUUCUCCAGCCUAGGAAAUAGAGAUUUUCAUUUUCUUUCUCCAGGCUUGGGAAGUGAGACACAGAAAGGGGGGGAAUCCCUUGUGCAAGAGCACACGGUCAGGGAGUGUCACAGUGCUAAGGCUCGAACCCAAGGCUCUAAGAGGGUUUCUUCCCUCAGAGUCUCUCCCUCCUCCUCUGUCUGGAUCUGAGUCAUAUGAAGUUGCCUGUAGGGCAGGCUAAGUUAGUUUUGGUCUUGUACAUGCUUCCUGCUAAGAAGUUUCUGAGGUGGUGGUCUUCCAAAAAUAAGUAGGAGCUUGGUUGAACUCCUGACAUUUUUAAGUAUCUUGUUGUCUGCUUCUAGGCAGCUCUGUUAACAGGUCAAUGCUGUCCUGGGAAGCCCCUGACUCAGAUCCCUGGAAGCACCCUGCACUUUCUUUGCACUGUCUUUACUAUCCUAUUCCUCCCUACGAGAACUGUUUUUGUCUUUCUCCAGUUGGUGGGUAAGUCCUGCCCGUGAGAGCAUGUUUGGUCACUCCAAGCUUCUCAACGUAUCCUGUGGGUGAUAUUUGCCAGUCUGGCCAAACAUUGUCAGACAGCCCAGUGAUGUGAACACAUAAAACCAGGCUGGGAACUGGGAACACCAUCUUGCUGAUAGGAGGAGCCCAGGCAGGCCACGUCUUGCUCCCACAUGCUCCUGGAUGUCCUACAGGCUGCAUGCUCAGGAGUUCCUGUGGUAGAGCACUGACCCUGCCCUGAGAAGAGAGGCAGGCCUCCAAUCCCUGUGCCAGUAUGAGGGACUUGCCAUAAAGCUCAAGGUUAGUGGAGAUUGAAGUAUGACUUGUAGAGACACAAAAAUAUAUAGACAAUGAAAACAAUACAUAGAGUAUAUUCAAACUCUCCUUUUGAAGUUUUGUCUCUUUUUGCAGCAAGUCUGAUUUACAAGGUUUCAGAAUCUACCUUCUAACUGCAUUCUGUCCUCGUUCAUCCUUUGGGGCUGAUUGAUGAGCCCCUUAUUUCUUAUCUCUAAAAAUCAUCAACAAAGUCUACUUCACAUGGCCACUCCAGUCCUUUGAGCUAUAAUCAGGAUUAUAUAACUUACCUUCAAAUCAAAAGUUAAGAAAAAGGAAGCCCAUAAGCUAAGGCACUGAAUCUUUUCCUGACAAUUUCUAGAGGUAGAAUUUCAUCAUGCUGCAGAGAGAGAGAGAGAGAGAGAGAGAGAGAGAGAGAGAGAAGGAGGGGAGGGAAGAGAAAGGAAAGAGAAAGAAUGAGAGAAUAAUGUGGUGUUUCUACACAGGGUAGUAAGCUGACACUGUAAAUGUUUUUACACAAAAAUUUACAAAAUCAACACAUUUUCCUGAAGAUCCACCCUGGGUGAGGUUUUGUUCUGACUUUAGAGAUCACUGUGGAAGCAAGAAUAUAUUUCUUAAGUAUUUUAUUUAUCAUUUUCGGGAAAAAAAAGUCAAAUUCUGCCAUUGAAAAGUCUCAGAAAAACAUGCAAUUUUCUUUCUGAAAUUUUCAAGGUUUUCUUUUACCUUUGCCAGAAGGUGGGGCAGGACCAGGCCUCCCAAGGUGUAUGGCCCUUCCUGCUUUGUGGAGGCUGUGGGCAUGUGGAGACCUGGGGAAAUAGGGGAGCUGGGUGGCAGAGGGGGGCAUCCCAACUCAUUCUCUAGUGUGGCUCCCUGUCCUCUCCACAUGUGCUGCUCCCGACUGUGCCCGCAGUGACUGUCCUCACUAUUCAACCCUGUGCUGUAUGGUGUGUUUUUUCACUGACAGUGAAUAAAAGGUGUGACCAUG